AUGGCACAAGCACUUUCAUCAGAUGGACAUAAAGACACGACAAGUGCGAUGUCUGAAGAAUCCAACAUGAGUGACCCUAAACCACUACAAGAUAAUCUCACUGAGAUGAUCAACGUUGGUGAAGGACCUGAAGGCACAACCAGUAUAGCUUCCAGAGACACAGACAUGGAACCAUUUCAAAUGAGUCCAAAAAGGACUAAAGUAACAUCUGAAUCAAGCCAAGCUGAAGGCCACAUAGAAGGUCCUGACAGAGCUGUUCAAGCAUUUCAAGAAGAUGGCAAAGCAGAAAUGCACCCAACGGGAUCUGAACCAUUAUCUCCUCUAACUGUGGUGCUUUUUGGAAAAACGACCGCUAUCAAAUUUGGAAGUGAAAAUGUGCUGCUGGGACCCGACCACGUUCAUCCAACACAGGUGAAUUUCCCUUUAAAAGCAAUAGUAUCAGGACGCCACUUGUCAGUAAUCGACAUGAUGGACUUGCAUGAGAAUGCGCUGUACCUGGACCCUGUGGAGCACAUCACUGGAGGGUUAGUCCGUGAAAACAACAUUCAUUCUUUCAUCCUGGUUCUGGAACUAGACAAUAUAACCGAGUCCGAUAAGCUGAAGAUAAACUGGCUGCAAGGACAAUUCGGAGAAGAUGUGCUGCCCUACGUGAUGGUUCUCUUCACGUACGACAGAGAGGAGGAGGAGGGCGACAGCAUCAUAGACGACCUGAUGAAGGACUCAUUCAUAGAGCAGAUUACAGAGAAGUGUGGAGGCAGGUACUGCACAUGCAGCAAGAGCAUGAGCAACCAGGUAGAGAUGAAAACACUGCUGGAGAAGAUCGAACUCAUGGUCCAGGAGAACACCGAGCCCUGCUACACUGCUGAGAUGUACAACGCAGCCUUAACGCUCAGAAAUGACGUUGACAGCAAGAGGCAGCUAGAUGCCCGUGUCAAGACGAUGACUCCAAAAGAGAAUUCAGAACCAGAUGAAAACAAAAAGAGUCAGGAACCAGAGUGGGGAAUACCAGGAUGUGGAAAACCUCAACGUGAAAGAGAAGAGAAGAAAGCAAAGAUUCAACAACUCUUCCGCAGACUAAACCUUGGUGCCCAAAACACACUGACCUCAGACUUACUUACAAUAAGAACAUCCUCAGUGAAGACCCAUAAGCCGGUCGCAGAAAAAGACUUGGUUUAUUCCUUCCUGGAAAAGCUGCUCAUGAUGGACUACAAAGCACGAUGCAUCACGUUUCAAUCAGAAAGCCCUGAGACCAAAACUCAACCCAAUACAAGAGCUUCAAAAGAUAUAUGUUCUGCCCUUUUUAAAAAGAAGGCUGGGAAUAGUUCGUCAUCAGAGCAGUCUCAGAUUCAUCCCAUGGACAUUCAGAUGGCCGCUUUUCAUAGUUCAGACAACUUUCUCCGACAGUUAAUGGUAACCAAGCUUUCACAAUGCCAGUACGCUGUUCCACUAAUCAUACCAAACCCUUUCACUGGGGAAAUUGAACUUCCACUGUGGGCGCUUCGGCAAAUCAAAAAAAGCUGGAUGUCAGUAGAUGGUACUGGAAAGACCACAAGCAAAUGCAAACCAAUGUUUGAAGUGGAAACUCCAAUGGUGGCGUUCCUCAGACUGGGUUCUUUGUCAUCGUCCAAGUCACAGUUGAUGAACAACCUGAUCAAUAAACGACAUGAUACGUUCUUUCACAGGAACUGCCUCCGGAGCAGUAAAACCCGGCUUCUGAUGGAUGGAGUUGUUGAAAUCGCCUGGUAUUGCCCUUCUGGAGGAUCUGAUUGGCUUAAUGACUGCACUGCCUUCUGCAAUCUUCAUGGAGAUGCUGGAAACCACAGCGUCCAACGUGAAAUGCUGACACAAAUGGCCACAGUAAACGUUGUACUUCUGUCCACCCUGGGAGAGGAUGACGGUAAUCGCAAGACAAUUGAGAAACUUUCCGAAUCCCCGAAGCCUCUCAUUUUUCUUCUCACUGACAGCGACUCAGAUGUAGAGGAACUGUGGGAAGGAAAGUACAGUAUCGGUUUGAAAGGCAGAAGUCAGUCUGAUGUGGCUGAGGAAUUAAAACUAAUUCUUCACAAAUGCUGCACACAUGAUUCACAGUCUGAAAUUAAAACUUUUAAACUUGAGGACGUCGCCAAGCUUACAGAUAUAGUCGUGGAUGAGGAGAAUGAAGAAUGUCAGAAAGCGAAGAAUAAAGCAAACCAGACACUGAGCCUCCUGAACCAAGAAAAACUGACCACCAUCAAAGAGAAGCACUUGCCGUGUCAGGGAAAGCUGUGGCACGAUUGGUGUCAGAAGAACAAAAAUCUCUACCACUUAAUAGGACACCCAGAGGAACACAAAACCACCAUAAAGCAGCAAAUGACUCAAAUCCGUAGCCAGCAACAUGAACUCGCUUUCAGUCCUUUAAUAAAGAUGUUUUCUGAUCAUCUGAGGGUGCUAGAAGAAAACGAAAGACAGUACUUCCUGAAGUGGCUUGGAAUCGUUCUGGACAGCUUGACGUCGGAUCAAGUGUCUGCACUUCUUCAUGCAUAUGAUGAACAGUGGUCCAUGGUCUCGAAGCAGAAACAAGCUAAAUCACCAGUGCUUGAUGAAGACCAAGCUAAACUGGAGGAAAUCUCCAAAGACCUGAAUGCUGUAACCUUUGGUGUGGAACAUCUGCUUAGAGAAAUGGGUCAGAUUUAUGAAUCAUUUAAAUCCACACAAAGCACUAAAGGAACGGCCGAACACGACGAGGCAUUUUGCUCCCUCCCUCGGAUAGCUGCAGAGAUCAUGCUGUCCGGAUACCCGCUGGAGCUGAUGGAUGGUGAUGCCGGCCAUGUUCCUCUGAUCUGGGUUCCAGCAGUUAUAGAUGAACUCAUAAAGAAAGUGGGAGACAAGAGAGUCUUUGUGUUGUCAGUUCUGGGAAUCCAGAGCUCUGGGAAGUCCACCAUGCUGAACGCCAUGUUCGGUCUCCAGUUUGCAGUCAGUGCUGGAAGGUGCACCCGAGGAGCCUUCAUGCAGCUGGUCAGAGUAUCAGACGAAAUGGAUGGAGGGCAGCAGUUUGACUAUAUUCUAGUCGUUGACACUGAAGGUCUCCGAGCUUUAGAGCUGGACGGAAAGACGACCCUACGUCACGAUAACGAACUCGCUACAUUUGUUGUAGGACUUGGAAACCUAACACUCAUCAACAUCUUCGGCGAGAACCCUGCUGAUAUGCAGGACAUCCUUCAGAUUGUUGUUCAGGCCUUUCUAAGGAUGAAGAAGGUCAGACUGAGUCCCAGCUGCAUGUUCGUGCAUCAGAAUGUUGGAGACAUCAGUGCAGGGGAGAAAACCAUGGAAGGGAGAAGGCGCUUGCAGGAGAAACUAGACGAGAUGACCAAGCUCGCUGCUAAAGAAGAAGAAUGUGAUGCAGAGUGCUUUAGCGACAUCAUUGCGUUUGAUGUAAAGAAGGAUGUCGGGUACUUUGCACAACUCUGGGAGGGGAAUCCACCAAUGGCACCACCAAACCCCAAAUACAGCGAAAACGUUCACGAAAUGAAACAAAUGAUCCUCUCAAAGAUCUCCACAAAUCGUGGGAUGACACUGUCAGAGUUCAAGCUGAGUAUCAAGGAUUUAUGGAAGGCACUUCUGAACGAGAACUUUGUGUUCAGCUUCAGGAACACUCUAGAGAUCGCUGUCUACAGGAGACUAGAACACGAAUACAGUAAGUGGACCUGGAGCCUGAGGAGCGCCAUGCUAGCAGUCGAGAACAAACUGUACAACAGAGUCAGCAAUGAAGCGUCUUUGAGGAUCGAUGAAAGGCACCUCGCGGAGCAGAUCAAAGACACGAAGGAGGAAGUCGAUCGGGCCGUCGGUCGUUUCUUCAGCAACGACGGCGAUAAAGAAAUUCUAAUCCAGUGGCGAGAGAGGUUCCAGAGAAAAAUCAAGGAUCUCUACAGUGAGCUGGUGGAACGAACGAAAGAGAAGCUGGAUCACGUCUGUAGACAGAAAGUCGCGAGAGAAAGGCUAGACGUGGAGAAGAAAAACUACGAGAAUAAGCUCUUCAACCUGAGCAAGGAACUCGCCUGCGGUUUAAAGAACAAUGACACUGAUGAAGAUGCUCUCAAGAGUGGAUUCGAUGACGUGUGGUCCAAAUGGGUCACUGAGCUAAACCAGGAUGCCCCUUCUGUCGUGGAAAUUGACGUCAUGGGAGAUGUGACGAAGAUUCUGUCUGAAACCUACGAGCUGGCACUUGUGUGUGAGCGGCAGAAUCUGGGAGACUACUGCAGACUGGAUGUUCUGGGAAACUAUUCAGACUACGUCAUCUUUAAAAAGCUUUUAGGGCAACAUGAAGCAGACGAGCCUCCAACAGAGGAUGAAAAGAAGAAAUCUGGUAUGUUUAAUCAGACUCGCAGAUUUAUUACCAACGCAGGCAGAACCCUUUAUUCAGCGGUGGUUAAGAGGCAUGAACAGACAGACAGCGUUCCUGUAACAGAGAUGCUCUCAUUCGGGGAUAAUGACCAGCUAAGAGCUCUUGUAAAAGAGACCUGCCAACAGACUGACAAAGAAGUUCAGAGAAUGUCCAGCGAAGGGCUCGGAUAUAAUCACAGCUACAUUCAACAAAUCAUUCAAUCGGUCAAAACAAGCGUAGGUGCUCAUGAAACGAAGACGCCUAAAUAUCUCCUGAAGAAGGAAUUCACUGUGGAUCUGUGUCUACACGCUUGUAGCUCUGCUGGUGAGGGAUUCUCCGAGAUACACAAAGAAUUCAAGGAGGCCAAUGAUAUCAGGAUGUACCUGGAGAAACAGAAGCCUCAAUACUUCAACAUCUUCAAGAACUUGUGUAGUGGUGCUACUUCAACUACAGUGUUCGGUACAUUCAUUGUGGAUAAGCUUGAACCUUCUAUCCUACAGACUGCUUAUGAUAAAACCGCCCUCGAUGUGACUGAGAAAAUGAAACGUAACGUUCCAGCGUUUCGUGGUAACAGAUCGAAUCUGGAGAAGCACAUUCUGACAUCACUAGCACUGGAGGAAAACUUUGAGGACUACAUAGCUUACCUUCACAAACCCAAGGAAUACUUUGCUAGUUUCAUUACAAAGGAAGUCGACAAGUAUCUUUUAGAGGAAAAAACUACAGACGUUCUGGAAACUCUCAAGAGUAACAUCAGGUCCACAACAAAGUUUGUCAUAGACUCUGUCAAAAAAGUCACUGAAGAAGCCAAUAACCGUAAUGGAGACGUCAACACGUGGCUGCAGCUUUUAUCCACAGAGCUAAAGGAUGAACUUCAGUUUAAAGAAGAAUCGUAUCCUGAACAGAAAGAAAUCACAGACCUUCAUUUUCUUCAGGAUGUCGUGAAUAAACAUCUGGCUGCUGUCAGGUCAAAGUUAAGUGCCGACUUUCAGCAAGGCUCCGACCUCAGACUGGAAAUGUUCAGAAAGAAACCGAACGAGGCCAUGAUUGAGCACCUUUGUCAGUGCUGCUGGGCACAGUGUCCAUUCUGCAGUGCCAUCUGCACCAACACAUUAGAAGGUCAUUCUGGAGAUCAUGAUGUCCGUUUCCAUCGUAACUGUGGAAUCAAUGGGUGGUCGUUUAUGUUUAAAAAUAAUCUGGGACUUGAAUUCUGCACGACCGCUGUUUCAAGUGAUAAUUUAAAUUUUCGUACAGAAGAUAAAGUGUUCAAGUAUAAAGAUUACAGAAAAGCAGGUGGAGAAUAUGACAAGUGGAACAUUUGCCGUGAUGACUCGGAGAUGCCGUACUGGAAGUGGUUCGUUUGUACGUUUCAGGAGAACCUGGAAAAGCAUUUCAAGAAAAAAUUCACUGGGAUUCCUCAAGAAUGGAAGAACUGCACCAGAGAUAGAGCUAUCGAGAGCUUAAGUGAGCUGUGAUGGAUGAUCACGAUAAUUCAUGAUUCAAUAGUAUGUUCACCACGUCCUCUCCAGUAACAUCUACAGACCCGGUCACAACAAUUAUCUCACCUUACCUUCACAACCACAUCAUCAGUAUCUACAAGCAGCACCACCAUGCCACCAACAACCUUAUCUGCACCAUUAACAACCAUAGCAAUUUCAACAACUACCACAGGGACCACAACCACGUCCCCAUCAUCACUCACUAGCACCACAAUGCCACUUUAUUUCCAAUGUAUUUUGUCAAUAUUAAAAUAUUCAGCUUUAAUGCUUGCAACACACUCAGAAAGGUUGGGACAGGGGCGUGUUUUUUUUCCCCACUAAACUUUAUUGACCGUGUGGAAAUUAAGAAUAAUAAUUGUUGCAGUUUUGCAAGUCAAAUUUUUUACCAUUCUUGCUUGAUAAGAGACUUCAGCUAAUCAAUCGACUGUGGACACCCUCGUCUAAUCCUCUUCUACAUGAUGCUCGAUUGUGUUUGCACCACGGACCGUUUUCAUAUAAGAUAUAAUUUCACGGAUCGACGGGUCGAGAGGAUUUAAUAUAGAAUAACUGUAGAAUGGAAAAUCGAUGUGAAUCCUGAGCUUUUUCGCUGCAUCGAGACGCUGCUCCCACCUAGUGGUGAUUGCGGACAAUAACACCCAAAGAGUAUUAAAAAUGUAAUUGCUCUGGUAGCAAUCUCUAAUUAUUUAUUCUAUUCUAUUCUAUUGUAUGUGUGCGGCCCGGUAAUAAAUGACCCAUGGCCUGGUGGUUGGGGACUUCUGCAGUAAAUGUUUACAACAGGAGACUGGACUGGACUGAAGGCAGGCCUCUAUACAGCCUCAGUGUUGGAGCGUAUGCAGAAUGAGGCUUACAUUGUCUUGCUAAAACAACCAUGGACUUCACAGGGGGGGAAAAAUGAGCCAUCAUUGCUUGUAAUGACUUGCCGUUUGGUUGGUGCUCCUUUUAUACCCAACAUGACACCCUGAUCUGUGUGGCAGUUAUCAGAUUCUAGGUGUUUAUAUUGAUAUUGUGUUUAUUAUUAUAGUAUUAUAGUUAGCCAAUGUCAGAAAUUGGGUUUGUAGUCAUUUAGUUAAUGAUUAAUCAGGUUUAUUAAUCAUACAGCUAAUUCUUGAUUGCUGUUGAAGUUUUAUGUAGACUUGUUGUGUAGUUACUAAGGUAAGCUGUUAAGGAUAUUAAUGCACAGAAUUGAAAUGAAGGAAAUUAUGGCUGGUAAUUGUAAUUGUAAUGUGUAAAACAGUAAUAAGUAAUGUUUUACUAUGCCUAUGUGGAUAUGAUGGUAAAUGGUGUCCCUGUUAGUAUUCAUGUGUGUGGCUGACUACAAUAUAGAAUUGGGGGACCCAUGAAAUUUCAAUUAACCUAUGCACUUGUUGUGUAAACUACACUUGUCCUAAGACAAAAUGUAAAUGUAGUCGUAGAAAAAGUUGGUUUAUUAUUAAAAUGACCAAAUAAUGCAUUUUUCUCCUGCCCCAUCUUUUCAGAUCAAAUAAAAGAGUUAAAAUA